UUCGGUUAUGGGAGGCGUUAGAGUCAAGCUUUACUGAACUUGUUACAAGUUUCAUUCGUUCUAUUUCUUUUGUGCCCUACGGCUACGGUUAAUAGGAAACGUAAAUUUAAUACGCAAGACGAAGAAGGCGCGUAACGACGAUGCCCAGUCUGCCUGAGGCUUGCGACAACAAGUACGGCGACGAUGACACGGUCGUGACGGAGGUGUCGUGCAUCGCGCUGCAGCUGCGGCGCAGCGGCCGACCGCGCCUGCCGUCCGUGCUCAUCCUGGCGGACUGCGAGAUCGAGGAGGCGGGCGAGGACGGCGAGGUCGAGAAGCGCUGCGAAGGAGUCCGAGAACUCGACAUUUCCAAGAACAAACUCAAACAUUGGGAUGAGGUGUGUGCUAUUGUUAACAAACUCAAACAUUGGGAUGAGGUGAUGCACCUCCUCGCAUACUCCCCCAGACUUGAGGAGCUCCACGUCUGCAUGAAUGACUACCACAAACUGACCAGAAGCGACCGCAAGUUCCCUACUGUCACCCGCGUUCAUUUUAAUAACAAUCCUGCCGACGACUGGGAGCAGAUUGAAAUUUUAGGCGAAGUUUUCCCUAAACUGGAGGCCCUGGUGUUGGCCGAGUGCCCCAUCGCAGAACUGCCGGCGUCAGGGCGGUACAGCGACGUGUUCCCGUGCCUCAAAUACCUCAGCCUCAACGCCACUAAAGUCGCCGACUGGGCCACUGUUUAUAAUAUCAAUUAUUUCCCGCAGCUAUCAGAGCUAAGGCUCUGCAGCUGCCCUCUUUAUGAGUGCUACACCUUACAAUACUACGAGCUGGUGGCGCUGCACGGCGAGCUCUCGCCUCUGGUGGACAUCAGCCUGAAGCCCACGAAGGAGGUGCACGUCAAGGUUGUGUACGAGGACCAGGUGCUGCCCUACACCUUCAAUGUUUAUCUCAGAGUCCUCGAUGUCAAGAAGAUGCUCGAGCCGAGACUUGGAUUACCAGCCAACAAAAUGCGGUUAUUUUAUGAAGACUGUGGUUUCGACGGCUGCCCCGCUUACGCCCCAGAAGAGAUCAAGAUCAACACAAAGCAGCUGUACACGUUCAACGUACACAGCGGCGAUAACUUCAUAGUUGACAGCAAAUAAGACGUCCCGGGCUGUUAUGGAGGGCUACAAAAAUUUAUUUUAUAUUAAGAUUGUUAGCUCAUUUAACUUGCGGAAAUAUCGAUCCAGCCAUGAUGGUUUCUUAACGUUUGUCUCUUUUUAUGCCUCGAGCUUUCAAUGCAAAUGUUGCUUUCGUCCUGGCGUCAUGCCGUGUUAAAUUUGUGGGUAAAACAUCACGCAAAUGCUGCUUUCGUCCUGGCUUCAUGCCGUGUUAAAUUUGUGGGUAAAACAUCACGCAAAUGCUGCUUUCGUCCUGGCGUCAUGCCGUGUUAAAUUUGUGGGUAAAACAUCACGCAAAUGCUGCUUUCGUCCUGGCGUCAUGCCGUGUUAAAUUUGUGGGUAAAACAUCACGAAGAGACUGGGCAGUUCUUGGCUGCGUUUCUCACCGUCGUCCAGUAAAAUAGGAAGCACUUAUUCGUAGUGUGCGGUCAACGGUCGUGCAGAGCAUGUUAACUGAGCUCCUUAAACCUGUUAUGUUAGGCACUGCAAUGCUGUGCAAUAAGAUUAUUUAGUAUUAAGCUACCUACUUAAUACUACUAGAGUCAACCGAAAUGAAUCCUAAUAUUUGGGCAUUCGUGUACUUUUCUUCUGAGCAAUUUUUAACCGUAUAUUAGAUGAUAAUUUAAAUGACAUUCUUGAGUACCUAUUAUGUGAAAUUAAUUUUGUGUAAUCUAAAUUUUAUGUUUAUAACGAUAAUUAUUUGAUUUUAAUAGACUUAUAUAUUCCAUCAGAUGGAUGCUUCGAGUAGAAUAUUCGAUAUUGUUUUAACUUCAUUAUAUAUAAAUAUUAUGAAGCCUUUGUCUCGAGUUCGAUCGUUGCCUUGAAGCAAGUAUUGCUGUGAGAGCUUGUCGGGCAUCUUGCUAUCGUCGCGGGGCGUGGGGUGACUGUGGUAUGCGUGGGGUGACUGUGGUAUGCGUGGGGUGACUGUGGUAUGCGUGGGGUGACUGUGGUAUGCGUGGGGUGACUGUGGUAUGCGUUGAUUACUGCGGUAUGCGUUGGAUUCUGUGGUUAUGUAUGUUUGUGUUGAGCGAGUGGUAAUUUCAGUGCAUGUGAUGGUGUGGUACGUGUAGUGCAUGCCGGAGGCCAGCUUUGACAAACUUCACACUUCUGUCAUAUUCCUUCUCGCGGUCAAGCACGCUACAGUACAUAGUAACCUAUGCAGUUGUGAGCUUAAAUCAAUAAUACCAUAAGUCCACAGCCACCUCUUUAAGCGUGCUUGUCUUUGGCAGUAAGUUCUGUAUCUGACCUCGAUCAAUUUGCCACGACUCUUCACCAAAGCGUAUCUGGAAGGAACUAACCUAACCUCAUUGGUUGCAAGAAGGUAAAGUGGUUGGGCAAGUGAGCAGACAAAGUCGGUUAUGGCCUUCGAGAAGGCGGAGAGUCGGGAUAACAUGAAUUCUGUAUAUGUUAGUCCAGAUGCAAAAGAUCUGCUUUAAGAGGUGAAUUUGUGUCGCGGCAAGUAUACCCUGUUGCGUGUGGUAUGUGUGGUGCUGGUGUGGUGCGUGUGUUGGUAUUGGAUGUAUGUGGUGCGUGUGGUAUUUGUGUGAACGAUAGAAUUCGUUCACUGUUAACCGCUCUACCACGAUGGUGCUCGUCGUGAGAGGCCAGAUAAGAGCGGUUGUGAGUCGAGUAAUCAGUCGUGUGCCGCCAGCCUUAUAUACUGCGAGGUUCUACCUGAACCUACCUCGCUCUGUUGCUCCACUAGCGAUCUUGUGCCCCGACGCUAGUGCUUGUGGCUGUGCUUCAUCAAGCAGUAAAAUGCCUGUUACGCUAGGUUUUACUAUUGUAAACGUGUUUCUUUUAUAGCGUUCUUAACUGAUAUAUAAUUUACGUUUUAUCCGUAUGUGCCCGUACGCUGGUGCUUUGAUGCUUGAUGAAGAUCUGAAAGCUUCAUCAAGCGGUACAAUGCCUGUUACGCUGGGUUUUAAUAUUGUAAACGUGUUUCUUCUAUAGCGUUCUUAACUGAUAUAUAAUUUACGUUUUAUCCGUAUGAACAAAAGUUUUAAUGAACAACCAAGUGCAAUAAAAUACCAGCUAUUGCAAUUUUAUCCGUAUCAGUGUAUUUUUACAUGAUAUUUGCCAGCGCUUGGCCAUUAAGCUCCAACAUUACGGCCAGACUGAAAGUUGCGAUGAACGUCUGCUGACAUUUGUAUUGUGCGACUUAUGUGGAGCAUCAACAAUUAUGCGAUUCAUGAGAUUAUUAAAACGACGAUCAUUCAGGGUGUGCCAUGCGUAUCCUGCACGUAUAAGGAGUGCUAUGCGUGAGAAGAGCUAUGAAUCUCCUCGUUAUAAGCUCCUGCUGCUCGUAAGCUGAGCAAUUAUUGCUUUGUCACGUGUAGAUAUCACAGAAAGUUUAUUCAGGAUAUCUCGAUUAUGUGUAUAAAGUUGGAAAGCCUUGCGUGUGCUGGUGAUUAGUGUCGAGUGCCCUCUCCAGCCUCGUAUGUUUUUACAAUAUUUCGUUUUCGCUUCGUAUAAUGAACCGCGCUUCUGUCCAUUAUUGUGAUGGUGCUCCAUGUAAUCCAUUAUUAUUGUCCAUUAUUGUGAUGGUGCUCCAUGUAAUCCAUUAUUAUUGUCCACUAUUGUGAUGGUGCUCCAUGUAAUGAGCUGCGCUUAGGUUCAAAAAGCUGUUGUUGGUCCAACACUUCAUCGCCCAACAUUCAAACUUUUAUUGUAAUUUUUCGAUUCUUUGUAGUAAGAAUAGAGCAUCAUGUCCACACAAAAUAUUUUUCUUAUUGUUAAUGCAUUCAAAACGCUGUUCUUUAAUAGUUAUAGGCUUCUUCUUCCCCAUUGAUUUACAAUUCUUAUAGGUCAAUUAUUUUUCGAAUGUAUUUAUAUUAUUUUGAUUAUCUUCGAUGUAAAGUUCAAUUCCUGCAUUGCAGGUAUGAAUAUUGUCUAAUAAUAGCGCCAUGGGCAGCAAAUUAUAGAUCUCAUGUGGUUCAUUUGAACCAAACACCUGACGAGACUUAACAUCCUAGGAGGGCCAAACUGCAAUUAAACCUAUAAGCUAUGCAUUGCUUCCUAAUAGCAGAGCUAAAAUAAGACAUUUCAAGUCUCAAGACUUGGCAUGUUAAGGGGAUCUAUUUUAUCCACCUCAUGAUCCGUGUCAGAAGAAUAAAAACUGAUAUUGUUUGUUGUGUUUGGUUUUAAUGUCUUCAAUUUUAAUUAUUUGAAUCUGCUCUAAGUUGUGUGUAAUCAACGCUGAUUGGUUUCUUUCACCUAAAUCUGCGAUUUCGGGAUUUUUUCUCCCCGUUCGACCAGUGGGAAAUAAACACGUUGUGCCUCAUUUCCCCUUCCAUGACUGACAAUCCCUCCAGAAAUAUUCUAUUAUAUAUACAUG